UUAAAAGGGAGGGUUAAUUAUGUUUUUCUUUCAUUCAAAAGCUGAAAUGGGUGAAAAUGACCUGCAACAUAACAGGAGGGUAAAAAAUAUUCUGCAGCAGAGUGAGGGCUGUUUGAUGUUAUGUGCAGCCAACGGCAAAGCUUAAUUUUUUCCCCCCUCUUCAGCCAAUUUGUUUUUCACAAGAUAUUUAUGUCAGCACAGCUGACUAGCUGCAUGGAGCUGUUACAGUAUUUCCAUUUCAUAAAUGUUACAUUAAGCUGGACUUUCUGCCAUCCACUACAAGCAACACGCUUAAACAUUUUGUUCUUAAUUACAUCCAAUUAUCAGUGCUUUAUGGAAUGAUUAAUCUCUGUUUGAGCCUUAUUAAAUUAGAGUCCCACAGCGGUGUGAAAAGCAGAGCCUGGGCUGCACUGUUUGUUGUUCUGCCCUCUGCAUGAGUAAGACUACACGCUAGGUUAAGCACUAAAUUGGGUAACUGUCCAGUGACAGCAGAUAAACACCUGCUCGUACAGAUCAUCCUGAGCCGGAGUUGACGGGAACUGCUUUAAUACAACAAACAUUUGGACUGGUAAUUGAUCCAGGACGGGAGUUUUUUUGGACUGAGAAUGUCAGCCCUGAAAGACAAGAGAAAAGAAUAUCUGACUGUGAAGGAUCUGCAGAAGGUUUUGGACUCAUGCAAACUACAUCUUAAUGAAGUUGAUGAGGUCUGGCCAAAAAUAUACAUAGGGAAUGUGGCAGUAGCACAAAACAAGGCUGCCUUGCAGAAAUUAGGUAUAACUCAUGUAUUAAACGCUGCACACUCGAAGCAAGGCAGCAUAGGGAACCAAAGCUUUUAUGGCAACAGCUUUGUGUAUUGUGGCAUUCCAGCAGAUGACUCGACACACUUUGAUCUGGAUGUUUACUUCCAACUGGCAGCUGAUUUCAUUCAUAAAGCGCUGAAGUCACCUGAUGGGAAAGUUCUGGUGCACUGCAUCAUGGGAAUGAGCCGGUCAUCGACUUUGGUGUUAGCGUACCUCAUGAUCUACUGUCACCUCCCCCUCAAACAGGCUUUGCGGAAAUUGAUCCAGAAGAGAGCCAUCUACCCCAACAGGAAUUUUCUGGCUUUGCUGUUGGAUCUGGAUCUUCAGCUGACGAGAAAAAAGAAAACAUGUCAGAUUUUGUAAUCAAGAGACUUCUUAACCACACAGUCAUAAAAUUUGGUUGAAUUUAUGUCAGAUUUGUUUUUGUUAAACUUGAGCUAUACAUUGAGAUUAACACUAACAGAUCUUGAACACAUAACAUGAGUUUGCUUCACCUACCCAGCUCUUAUAUUUUUUUUAUUAGCAUGUUAAAUAUCAACAUGGUAACAUGACAACAUUAACAUUAACUUGUUAAUAUAUCCUCUUCUUUUUUAUGCUAAGAAUCAAUGUUUAAUACUAAGAAGGUAUUUUCUUUAGGUUAUGUAUUAGCAUGUUACAUCAGCAUGUUAAACAUGUUAAUGUUAACAUGCUAAGUAUACAUGUGUUGGCAUAUUAAUAUAAUAAACAUCACAUGCUAAACAUUAACAAAUAAACUUGCUAAUGCUAGCAUGCUAGCACAAUAUAGUAAAUGUUACAUGCUAACAUCAUGUUAACUUCCGGGAUGAGUUGACCGUAUGUUGUUAACAUGCAUGGUGUUUGUAAGGAUGUUAAAACAACUGGAGUAAAAUUAUUUUUUAUGUUAGCACUCAGCUUACUGCCCAGCUGAGCCUAAGCACAGGCAAGCACAUGACAAGCUGAGUCUGAGGUGUGGCGAGAAUAACAUAAUAACAAAACUUUUCCUCUGGAGCCACCCACAGGCCAAGCUUUACAUGGUUAUAUCUUAACAGUUGGAUUACACUGAAUUGCAUUGCUACCAUGGUUAUAGACUCUCUAUGGGUUUUUGGAGACCGCAUUGUUCAAAACAAAGAACGUCUUAACAAUUAAAAAAAAAAGACCAUUUGGUUGCAGAACAAAUUAAAACCUGAUGUGACAUGAAAACUUAGACAAGACUGAAUCAUGAAUGCUAAUGAUGUGGAGGUUUUAUGUCUUUGAGUCCAUGUCUUUGUCUUUACCUCUCAUGGUUGUAAGAUCUGACUUUUCUUCAGCUUCAACUUCACUUUGUGUUACAGCAGAAUGGACCAAAUGUCUUACUGAAAAUGUUGAUUUUUUUUUUGUGUAAACUCUGUGGAGGGCUCAGAAAAGAUAUAAGAUGUUUCUUCAAGUCAACAUUCAAGCUCAAAAUGGGAAUCAAUGUACAGCAUUGCUCUCUGUGUCUGUGUUCACAGUGUGAAACAUCUUUGGUGUAUUUGUCAAACCAGUGUGAGUUGAUCAAGACUGUACAUUAAAAGCUUUUCAGGUC